GUACGACCAUCCCCCAGCUCCUGAACAGCACCUCCAACAACAUCUACCUGACCUUCCAGUCCGACAUCAGUGUGUCUGCAGCAGGCUUCCACCUGGAAUAUACAGCAAUAGGUUUGGAUUCAUGCCCAGAACCUCAGCCUCCCCUCAACGGUAUCAAUGUGGGCCAGCGCUUCACUGUGGGGGACAUGGUUUCCUUUCAGUGUGACCAAGGCUACUCUCUGAAGGGUAAUGAAUACAUAACGUGUAUGCCAGGGCCCGUCAGACGAUGGAAUUACCCCGUACCUCUGUGCUUAGCUCAGUGCGGAGGCUCUAUGACAGACUUCAGUGGUGUGAUCCUGAGUCCAGGCUUCCCAGGGAAUUACCUCAGCAGUCUGGACUGUAGCUGGAGCGUACAGCUCCCCGUAGGCUUCGGCAUUCACCUGCAGUUUCUAAACUUCUCUACUGAAGCAGUGCAUGACUAUCUGGAGGUGCUCAGCGGGAGUUUGGAGACGGGUUCUGUGAUCGACAGGUUCAGUGGGUCCGUUGUGCCCGGCUCUCUGUUCAGCACCACACAUGAAACCAGCUUCUUGUUCCACAGUGACUACUCCCAGAACAAACCAGGCUUCCACAUCAUCUACGAGGCCUAUGAGCUCCAGCGCUGCCCUGACCCGAGGCCGUUCCGUAACGGCGUGGUGAUAGGCCGAGACUUCGGUGUGGGCCUGACCAUCUCGUUUGAAUGCCUGCCAGGUUACACCCUGAUAGGAGAGGUCUCACUCACCUGCCUGCAUGGGGUCAGCAGAAACUGGAACUACCCUGUACCAUGCUGUGAGGCCCAGUGUGGUGGUAAUAUAACGUCUCUGAACGGGACCAUCUAUUCUCCCGACCACCCAGCAGAGUACCCUAACUUCCAGGACUGUCUGUGGAGUGUACGGGUUCCCCCAGGGAAUGGCAUCUGCAUCAACUUCACCGUUCUCAACACUGAACCCAUCUACGACUACAUCACCGUCUGGGACGGCCCUGACCAAGGAUCUCCUCAGAUUGGUCAGUUCAGUGGGAACACGCCCCAGAAAGAGGUCUAUACCACAGCCAAUCAUGUCCUCAUCAAGUUCCACAGUGAUUUCAGCACCAGCGGGUUCUUUGUACUUAGUUACCAUGCAUACCAACUGAGAGUGUGUCAGUCUCCUCCAGCUGUUGCCAACGCAGAAGUCCUCACAGAACAUGACGAGUUUGAAAUAGGGGACAUUAUCCGGUACCAGUGCCUGCCAGGGUUCACCCUGUUGGGCUCGGAGAUCCUGACGUGCAGGCUGGGGGAGAGACUCCAGAUGGACGGCCCUCCACCUCUCUGCCAAGUACAAUGUCCUGCUAACGAGGUCCGCUUCGACUCCACGGGGGUGAUCCUGAGUCCCGGCUACCCAGACAGUUACCACAACCUCCAGACGUGUUCCUGGCUCAUCAACGUAGAGAAGGGCUACAACGUCACCCUCCACUUCCAGCUCUUCCAGACAGAGAAGGAGUUUGACAUCCUGGAGAUAUUUGACGGUCCUAACAUCUACAGCCAGAGCCUGGCGUCCCUCAGCGGUGACAUCACCACGCCCUUUAACCUCACGACCUCUGGUCAUCAGUUGCUUCUGCGCUGGUCGUCUGACCACGGCACCAACAGGAAGGGCUUCCACGUCAGAUAUGUGG